CAAGUGACUUGAAGUUUAGUUUCCUAACACCCUCCUUCAUUAACAGAGGAAUUAAUCAAAAGGACAACCCCCCCUUCUUUUUCUUCUACUCCUCAGAAGGGCAGGGGACUUCUCUGAGGCUCUCUAUCUCUAGCAAAAUGGGAUGUUUGGUAUCCCUUCUUUAAGCCAAAUCAGAGCUUUGAGGCUAUUGGGUGAGAAGACUUCUUCGAUACAGAUGGGUUCUUGCGCUUCGGUUCAGAAGAAUCCGGACACCGCUAUGGGAUUUCGGCUGGGUUUAGGCUCCAAGGCCAAGAAGGUCUUCAUUCCUUGUCCUGCCAAAGAGAAGCCUUUGAAUGGGGAGAACCCAGUUGGAGGGUUUGAUUUCAAGGGCAAGGUUGUGGACUCCGGAUUGGAUCUUAGGAACCCAGUAUUUGGUAGUAAGGAGGAGAUCUUUUUUGACUCACGGGCGUGGUUAGACUCUGACUGUGAAGAUGAUUUCUACAGUGUCAAUGGAGAAUUUACUCCGUCUCGUGGCAGCACUCCAAAUUACCAGAUAACCACACCCGCAACACCUCGACUAAAUGAUACUUUCUUUAUUGAGAAAUUUUCUGACUCCAAAUCAGAACCUUCUCCCACUGGUAGAAAAAAACUGGCUGAACUUCUUCGAGAAUCAUCGCAAGGUGAAAAGGAUGUCAAGGGACAAAAUGCUUCUGACAGAGAGAAAGUAGAAAUCAACGGAAAGCCGGAUGGUUGCAAAAUCAACUCUGAUCAACCUCCAAAAUCAUUAGAUGGAACUCCUUACUUCUCUGGAGCCAAUUCUGUGUACAGCAGUGAGGUCACUCCCACUAGAGACCCCAAGAACAGAAAAAAGAGGACAUGGAAAAGUGCACAUUGUUGCUUGCCUAGCUUGGUACAGAGUUUUAGCUUUGAUGAGAGGAGGCAGAAAAUGAGCCAAGGACCCUGCGCUGCCUGAUGUCACUAUUGAUCUGAGAGAUGACUUUGGCCUCAAUGAGUCUAGUCUACCUGUGGGUUGCUGCAACUCGAGCAACCCUAUUAAGAUGUCCAAUCUGUAUUUUAGUGUUCAUAUAGAUCUGGAUAUUAGCCGUUCCUUGGAUACCUUUGGAAGUAUUGGAUGAUGGAAAUUGGUAUAACGAAGAAAGAAUGGCAGAUGUGUUUAUAUGUUAAUACCUAAUUGUCAUCAAAGUGCACUCUUAAUCAUUUUAUGAA